AUGUGGGUUUGGUUGAAUCAAGUUCGACGUUUAUCUAAUAAAGAAUUAUUACUUCGAACAAUAAUAAAAAAAAACCACCACGCAAAUCCAUUUAUUCAAAUUGUUUCAAAAUCUGUUCAUAGACAGCAACAUUUUUCCUUCUCUACCACGAUAAGCUCUCAGAGUAAAUCAGAACGCGUAGCUCACAAGUCGGUAAAAACCAAAGCAAUUAUAGCACCGUCGGAGACACAUAUUAACACUGCAAGACUUUUACGCGAGGCAAUUGCAGAAGGAAAUGCAAAUCUUGCAUGGCAAAUCUACAUCUCAGACAAAACGCCUGAUAAAGGACUAUUAUAUGUCGAUUAUCGAAAUUUUGCCUGGUUAUUAAAACGAAAUGGUGAAAGCCAAAAUGAAGAGACGACGUUGACAGAACGUAUAGAGCAUAUAGAAAUUUUAAUUCAAGAUAUGCUCCAGUCCGGCGUGAAAUACGACAUAGAAAUAUAUAACGCGUUAUUAACUGCCUGCCAAAAGGUGCAAGACGUUGAAAAAUUAGAACAAGUUUGGAAGAAAAUCUCGAAACUGAAAACGAAAGGAAUAAUAAACCCGGAUUCCACGACUUACUGCACUUUGAUCAAUACAUAUGCCAAACAAACGACAACAGGUGGUUACGAUAAGAUCAAGAAACUGCAUGAAGAGAUUGUAAAUCAAGGGUGUAAAUUGGAUAGUCAAAUAUUUGCUAGUCUGAUUAAUGCUUUUUCUGAUUUCGGAAACCUCGAGGCAGCUGAUGAUGCAUUAUUACAAGCAGAGAAACUCGCAACGUUUAAUGCAAUCUUAAAAGGAUACAUGCGAAAUAAUUAUCCAGAAUCAGCGAUGGAAUUUCUCCAAAAUGAAAUGUUGGAAAAAUGGAAUUGUUCACUUGAUAUUGUCACAAUAAACAUAAUGAUUGCUGGUAAUUUUCAUGCUGCAAUUAUUGCCAAAGCACGAGAGAACGAAAAAGAUUCCGAAGCAUACAUGGAAAAAGCACGAGACUGGUAUUUACUUAUGCUGAGCCAAGAGAUUCAACCGAGCGUGGUCACAUUUAACACACUAAUACAAGGAUUCGGGAAACUUGGUAAAAUGGAUGAAAUGAAAAAAAGUGUCGUGGAAAUGCAAAGAUUUCGCAUCAUGCCGAGUUUAACAACUUUUCGUAAUUUAGCUCAUGUUUAUGGAUUGCAAAAAGAUUUUGAGGGUGUCCAACUUGUUUGGAAUGAUAUGUUGAAAUUUGGACUAGAGCCAGACCAUAAAGUUGUUGCGACUUUUAUGAGGGCUGCGAAAGCUUGCGAUGAAAAUGAAUGGGCGGCGGAAAUAUUAAAAAAGAAUAUGCACAUCUGGGAAGUAAAAACUAGUAAACAAUCGAAUAAUGUAUUAAUUAAUCCACCAACAAUAUGA